CAGAACGUUUAUAAGCCGGGAGCGCCGGGCGGCGGCAGCUGAGAGGUGAGCAGCUGCUCGGGUGGCAGCUUGGGAUCCGGAGCCCUUUCCGAGCCCGUUCCGUUCCGUUCCGUUCGCGAGCCGCAGACGCCGUCGGAGCUGCAGGCACCAUGUCGGAGCCGUCCCGGGACGCCCGCCCGGUCCCCCGCGGCAGCAAGGCCUGCCGCUGCCUGUUCGGCCCGGUGGACAGCGAGCAGCUCCAGCGAGACUGCGACGCCCUGAUGGCCAGCUGCGUGCAGGAGGCCUGCGACCGAUGGAACUUCGACUUUGUCACCGAGACACCGCUGGACGGCGACUUCGCCUGGGAGCGGGUGUGGAGCCUGGACCUGCCCAAGCUCUACCUGUCCUCGGGGCCGCGGCGGGCCCAGGACCGCCUGGCGAGGAGCAAGCGGUGCAGCAGCUCCCCGGCCGUGCUGCAGGGGGCCGCGCAGGAGGACCACGUGGACCUGUCGCUGUCCUGCACCCUCGUGCCUCGCUCCCCCGGGCAGCCGGAGGAGUCCCCGGGCGGGCCCAGCAUGUCCCAGGGCCGCAAACGCCGGCAGACCAGCAUGACAGAUUUUUAUCUCUCCAAACGCCGGCUGAUCUUCUACCAGAGGAAGUCCUAACGGCCCGCGGGAAGCCUCUCGCUCCUGGAAACACGGCGUCCCUCAGGCCCGCUCUCCACCCUGCGCCUUAGCCCUCAGUGUGUGUGUUAAUUAUUGUGUCUGUUUUAAUUUAAACUUCUCCUCGUGUACAUAGCCUGAUGGCCACCACCCCCCACCCCGCCCGCUGCCGGCAUUAGGAUUAUUUAAAGAAAACAGACAGCGGAAUGAUAGGCCUAUUCGAUUGCCAGGUAUUUUUAUUAUGCAAACUAUUAUUUAAAACUCCCCCCUC